GAAAAAAUAAAAAUAGCGGAGAAAUUGUAGUGGCUGAGAUUACUUGUCAUUGUUGAACAGUUGGAUGUGGAUGCUUAUGGCUUCAUGUAGUUGUAGGUGGCUCCCUUCAUCACCCUCCUCCUCCUUCUUCUUCUUCUUCUUUUAGCGCUUCUUCUUUUAGUGCUACUAUUACUGUCUCUUUUUUUUUUCCUCUUUCAUUUCGAUUCUUCCUCCGAUCCAAAGACUCAGAUUUGUCAUUUCCGGAAAUGAGUUGUCCGAUGAAUUCAUUCGCUUCAUAUACAUGAUCGUACUUGCAAGCUUCUUCAUCAUGUCUUUAUUCAGAGGUUUUGGCGCUGUGGACUUCGUUUUGGUGAGGAUCCUGAUUAAAGAAUUUUCUACCGUCUCUCUCUAUGUUGCGGUGGAUUCUUAAAAUUUGUUAAAAUUUGUAAUUAUUUAUUUUUUCUAGUUAUUUCCUAUGUUGAUUAUCUGGCACGUGACUUGUGAAUUGGACUGCUUAUAGUAGUUUUUAUUAACUGCUUGAUACCAAACAGAGACGGAUCUCUACCUAUUGUUCUUGCUUUCUGUUUCUGUUGCAGUAGCAUCACCUUGUUUGCUCACAACGGCUUUUCUACUUGCUGUGCUUCAUGUCACAAAACACGAAAGGAGGUAUUCUUUUUACCCACUCCUUGUCAGGGAAGAUCUGAAGCAGCGCUAGCUGCACACUUCCUAUGAUGGAGGCAUACUCCUCUGGAGAAGAAGUGGUUGUCAAGACAAGAAAACCAUAUACAAUCACAAAGCAAAGAGAACGAUGGACAGAGGAUGAACAUAAUAGAUUUCUAGAAGCCCUCAAGUUAUAUGGCCGAGCAUGGCAGCGCAUAGAAGAGCAUAUAGGAACGAAGACUGCUGUGCAAAUAAGGAGCCAUGCCCAAAAAUUCUUUUCAAAGGUCGAUUGUUGGAGAAGGAAGCACUAGUAAAAGGUGCUGCAAUAGGACAAUCUCUUAACAUAGACAUCCCCCCUCCACGGCCCAAAAGAAAACCAAGUAAUCCUUAUCCUCGCAAGACCAAUGUUGGUGCUCCAACAUUACACAGUGGAGCAAAGUAUGGAAAGCCUCUUACUGCAUUUGCAUCUUUACAUGGUAAAGAAGCAAUGGAUUUUGAGAAAGAAUCGCUUCCAGAGAUGCAUACAGAUGAUGAAAGGCCAACAACUGUAAAAGAAAAUAACGAUGAAAAUUGCUCAAAAGUAUGUACAAUCCUCCAGGAGGCACCCUGUUUAUCUGUAUCUUCAGCAAAUAAGAGUUCAAUCUCAAUGUCAGUGCCACAGACAAAAUCCUUCACCUUUAGGGAGUUUAUACCUUUAGUGAAAGAGGUAAUACCUCAAGACAAAACAAAUGAAUCUUUUCCGGCAACUGAGACUGAAAAUCAGAUGUUGGAGAUUGGUGAUGGAAAACAAACACAAAAGACUGAUGGCACUUGUAAAACGUCUAAGUUAGAGAAUACUUGUUCUCCCAAAUCAGUUCAAACUGAGAAAACAGAUGGUUUAACUUAUGCAUCAACAGUAGAUGAGAUGCAAGGUAAUCAGAAUUACCCAAGACAUAUUACUGUGCACGUUGUUGACGGGAACCUUGGAACUAGUACUCAAACUCCAUCACAAGAUAUGUUGAUACAAGACUCCAUAUUUCAGCCAAUAGGAGGGAUUAAUGGGCAACCUAAUCUUUUCACAAAUUCAGCUGCAUCAAACACAAGUGAAAGUCAAAAUAACACAGCACGAUCUUCUAUUCAUCAAUCAUUUCCUCCCUGUCCUCUCUUCGCACAACAUAAUGAGGAUGAUUACCAAUCAUUUCUCAACAUGCCUUCUACAUUUUCAAGCCUCAUUGUCUCUACCUUGCUGCAACACCCUGCAGCCCAUGCUGCUGCAAGUUUUGCUGCUACAUUUUGGCCCUAUGCAAAUGUUGAUACUUCAGCCAAUUCUCAUGCCUGCUCUCAAGGAGGUUUUCCAUCUAGACAAAUUGGUUCACCUCCUAGUGUAACAGCUAUUGCAGCUGCUACAGUAGCUGCUGCAACUGCAUGGUGGGCAGCUCAUGGACUUCUUCCUUUGUGCACUCCACUCCAUACAGCUUUUGCCUGUCCUCCUGCAUCAGCAACUGCAGUUCAACCAGCGAAUAUUGGUGAAGCACCACCAAAUACAGAGCAAGGAGAUAUUACACUACAAAAUCCUUCUCUGAAAGAUCAGAUGUUAGGUGUAGAAGAGACGGAAGCUUUGCAAGCUCAACAUUCAGCUUCUAAGUCACCAGCUGUUUCUUCAUCUGAAUCAGAGGAAACUGGAGAUGCCAAGUUAAAUACUUCAUCAAAGGCCACUACUGAUCAUGAUAUAAGCCAACCGAUUUCUGAGAACCCUGACUCCAACAAAAUGGAGGGCAGAAAACAGGUAGACCGGUCUUCUUGUGGUUCCAACACAACCUCUAGCAGUGAAGAGACUGAUGCGUUGGAGAAGGGUGAGAAAGAAAAGGAAGACCCCAAGCCACCUGAUGCUGACCAUUUAGCUACUGAUCCUAGUAGUCGUCGAUAUAGAAGCAUUAGCAACUUUAUUGAUUCUUGGAAGGAGGUCUCUGAAGAGGGACGACUUGCCUUUCGGGCUCUAUUCUCCAGGCAGGUGUUGCCCCAAAGCUUUUCACCUCCCCAUGAUUUGAUAAAUAAGGAUCAUCAGAUGGGCAACAUGACGGAUAACAUGCAAAAAACAGACUACAAAGAUCACCUUGACAGCACGAAAUGCAGUUCUAAUUGUGACGGGUUUCAGCAAAACCUACCAUUUGUACAAAAUAACAAUGAGGAGGAGGGACUGCUAACCAUAAGUCUUGGACAAGGUAAGCUUAAGACUCGUCGAACAGGGUUUAAACCUUACAAAAGAUGUUUAGUAGAGGCCAAGGAAAACAGGGUCGGAACGGCGUGCAACCAAGUUGAAGAGGCUGGUCCUAAGAGGAUACGCCUGGAAGGGGAAACUUCUACUUGAUGGUUGAGUUUUGCCUAUCAUUUCUAACUCCCCUUGCUUGGUGUCUGUAUUGUUUAUUUUCUAAUUCUGCAGCUCACGAAACUUAUGUGUAGUUGUGUGUACCAUAUUGAAUUUCUACCUACGUUCUUUUACUUUCUUGGACUGAUGUUACUGCAUUUAAAAACUCCGCUAAAAUAGCCUUUAGAGAAGCAACCUUAAAGUACUGUUCGAGCAUUGAAAAUUAAAGUAAUUUAUGGUCAUCCUUCAUUCUAUCA